AUGACGACACGUCGUACGCAGCUGCGUGACGUUCCUCUCUCGCUUCUCGUCUGCCUCUCCGUCGCUCUCGCGCUCUCUCCCGCCCUCGCCUUCGCUCCCUCAGACGUAGCAAAGUACCGCGGACUGUUCUGGCGCUUCCUGGACCAAUGGCCGUCAUUGACGCGUCCACAUCAGGACGCUGCUGACCUGAACUCGAACAACGCGGCAAUCCCAUCGCUAUCGUCUGCUUCUUCGUUCGCGGCGGGCAAUGAGACCUGGGAGUCGCAGCCGCAGAAGCAGGCGGAGUCGCAAGGGGAGUCGCAAGCGGAGGGAGCUGUCUUGAAGCGUCCCGCCGUCGCUGCCGGAGUGAGCGCUUCGAGAAAACGGCUGGCACACGAGGCGCGCGAGGAUAUUCAGAUGGGGCGCAGGCGAAUGGGCGUCCACACACCAAUCGUGAUCCACCGCGGAACCAUCGGCGCGAUCGUGCGAAACAACUAUGUGCACGACUUUCUCUUCGCGGGAAUUCGCUGUGGCUCAGACGUGCACUUCGCCGCGGAUUGCAUGCUCACGCAGAUCGACCGCAACCACGUCGUCGCUGCUGGGCGGAACAGAUCCGGCGAUCAGGACGCAGCUGGCAUCUACUAUUGCGUGCACUGGUUCAGCCCUGACAACACGGCGGAGUGCAAUUACAUCUUCAACGGGGACCACUGCUACUACCUCGACUUUGUCACCUCGGGUGUGACUAUCAAGGGGGGUGCAUGCAUCAACACGUACGAUGGGAUCAAGGUCAACAACGGAAAGUGGAAUUCUAUUGAGAGUGUGAUCAUAAAGAAGGUACCAGGCUCACCAGGGUGGAGCACGUGUUUCACUCCAACAGUGCUCAACUGCGACAAGAACCCCGGCACGUACUGGGAGCUCAUGCGCAAACAGUACUAUGACACACCAGUGUUCAGAGAGAAAUACCCUUUCUGGCCUGAUGUUUGCGGGCAGAAGAACAUCAACGGCAAGCCAUGCAACACCAAAGCCAAGGGAACGUUGCCUGCAGAGAAAACAGGGGCGUGCAGCGGCCUUCCCACAGAAAACUACCAAAACCUUGUCUUGGUGGAGACUGAGGGGAGAGAUCUUGGUUACAAGUACUGCGAGAACUUACCUACUGUGGAGGCGGGUCCUCUAAAUGAUCAGAGGAAGGUGAACCUCACCGACAUUCCUGGGGCAAAGUUUAUGGAUUAUGCAAACGACGACCUGGGGGUGAAUACAGGCUCAUCUCUCUUCACCAGCAUCAGUGGCUUUAAGAGCUGCCCAAGGAAAGAUGUGGGGCCCCGGCGAAUCGAUGAUGGGCUCUACUAUUUGAAUUUCAACCGCCCGGAGCCGGAUCUGUACAAGCUGGUGGUGAGCAUGGCUACUAAACACGUGCAUGAUCCUGCUAUUGUGAAGCUGAGUAAGAUUCCCAAGAAAGGGAAGAAGUGA